AUGUCUACAAAAGAGUACUUUGUUCCAUCGGAAGAGGUUAUGACCUCUAUUGUCCUGCCCACGAUAGUAUUCUGUAUCGGUAUGGUAGUAGCAAUGCUGGUUGGCAUCAAUAAAUAUGCGACGAACCCGACGGGUGGUGCAACGGAUAACCGCACGAUUGAGAGAGAAGAAUUUUAA